AUGUCCUUACGCAGGUCAUCUCGGCUUGUUGGUCAACCGACGGCUCUGAACAAUGCUCAAACCACGUCCACAUUGGCCACAGUUUCCGCAUCGAGCAAGAAGCGCAAUGCCACAAAGAAUACUCCUGAAAAACCAAAAAAGAGACCGAAAGUCUCUGCUUCUCAAGCUAACGAAGUUGAGGUGUUCAAGAAGCCUGAAGGUCCUGUAACACCAGCAAAAUCUCAUCCAACCUUUCGAGGAAGCAAAGUCCCGAAAGCACCACCUCAGACGCCAACACCAUCACUUAUUAAUAUCAUACGAGCGCCAUACAGUACUGGUGACAUUGACGAUCCAACGCCUCCGCCACGGGACCGUCUAGUUGAUCCUCAUCUCACCAGCGCCACUUUAGUUACCCCAGGCGGCACCAAAGCCACGAACUUUCCAAGACCUGUGAACGGUAUCGAUGUAGAGGUGAGCCCCACGAAGCAGCCAACUACCACGGGUACUUUGUUAGAAAAAGCUCAAGCUCAUCUCAUCUCUGUUGAUCCACGGUUCGAGAAAGUGAUAUCCAAGCACCAGUGCCUGAUUUUUAGUCCCGAAGGCCUGGCUGAGAAAAUUGACCCUUUUCGAUCAUUGACUAGCGGUAUAUGUGGCCAGCAAGUCUCGAGCGCUGCAGCAAGUGCCAUCAAGAACAAGUUCGUGGCUUUGUUCAAUGAGUGUAAUGAUGGUGUUCAUGUUUGGCCUACACCGGCUCAGGUCGCCGAAACGGGUAUAGAAAAGCUACGAACGGCGGGUUUGAGUCAGCGGAAGGCAGAAUAUAUACAAGGCUUGGCCGAGAAAUUCGUUUCUGGUGAACUGUCAACGACCAUGCUCCUCAAGGCGAGCGACGAAGAGGUGAUGGAGAAGCUCAUAGCGGUCCGCGGACUCGGGAAAUGGUCUGUUGAGAUGUUCGCAACGUUCGCACUAAAAAGGAUGGACAUUCUCUCUACCGGUGAUCUGGGUGUGCAACGUGGUAUGGCAGCCUGGUUUGGAAAGGACGUGGCUAAACUCAAGAGCAAAGGAGGAGGGAAAUGGAAGUAUAUGAGCGAGCAGGAUAUGCUGGAGAAGAGUGAGCCAUAUGCUCCAUAUCGCAGUUUGUUCAUGUGGUACAUGUGGAGAGUUGCCGAUGUCGAUACGGCUGUUCUGGACGGCUAG